CAGGUUGCAGGACCUGGUCACAUUGCAAAAGAGAAUAAAAAAACAGAAUAAUUUUUGCAAGCUUACAAACUCGCAAAAAAAAUCUAAGUUUCAACAAAAGUGUUAAUUAAGUGCUGAUUGAGUUGGAAACAUGGCAGAAGCUGUAAAAAAAGAAAGUAAUGCAAAGCAGCGACCUUUGGAUGGUGGCGGAGGAGGAGGAGGGGGUGGUAGUGGAGGAGGAGGAGGCGGCGGCGGCGGAGGAGCAGGGAUGCCCAAAAGAAAGCAUCGCCGGGGCAAAAAGUCCAAGAUGCUGCCCAAGAAGACCAAGAACCACUAUCCACAGUGGAAACUCGAUAUGCCAGCUGGUGCGGGAGCCACGCUCGAGGGGAACACCCGCCAGAAUAGCCGCACCAAGCUGGUGCGCUCCCGAUCCCUGCUCGUCCCGUACAACACCAACCGCUUCCUCAUGGAGGAGCACAUGUCCGAGCUGCACAAAGACGACUCCGACGACAAUUGCUUUGGCUCACAGACCGAGGACCAGGUGCUCUUUCUCUCUAAGGAGUUCUCCAAUGUGUACGAGCGGGCGCGACUCGAACGACUGGAGACCAUGAGCAAGCAGGAGCUCAUCCAGGAGUGCCUGCAGAUCGAGGAUCGCUACUCGAAGGCCCAGAAUGUGUCCAAGGAGUUUGGCGCCAAGAUACGCGCGCAGGAGGAGAAGAUGCGACAGCUGACGAGGGAGAAUCAAUUUCUUCGCUCCCACUUCCUGCGUUCGUGCUCCACUUCAGCGGGACCGGCAGCAGCCGCAGCCGCUGCUGCCUCGCCGCCCUCUGCGGUGGCGCCCACGCCCAGCUCCGCCUGCGAGCUGCAGGCCAGACAACAGCCGCCUCAGCAGCCCCAACCCACACCCAUGGACUCCUCCAGCGAGGACAGCGAGAGCGACAGCAGCAGCACCACGUCGAGCACCACUUCCAGCACAUCCUCGAGCAGCAGCGAUGCCCAUGAGAUGGGCGUGGCCGGGCUGAACAUUGCCAACGGGCAUGCCGAACGCCAUGAGCGGAGCAGAACCCGCUCCAGAUCCCGUUCGCCAAUCCAUCUUAAUGGCCAUGCUAACGACGAGGAGCGUCAGCGCCUGCUGGACGGCAACCAAAUGGACGAGGACGACAACUCCACCGAUGUCCCCAAGCCAGGCGAUGCAGUGGUCAAAUAGGAUCGUGU